GGGCUACAGAUAAACAACUGUAACCUCAUCGUCAACAUGCAGUUGUGACUUUAGUCUUUUAAAUUGUGUUUUGAAUACUUUUCGUAAAGGGCAUUAAGAGUGCAAACGGGACUUACAGAUGUAAAGUGAAAGUGUAGACAAAGUAAAUACGAUUAAUAUAUGUUAUAUAUACUACAGUGAUUACAUCUAGACGUUAUUGAACUUCGCUGGCGUAACUGCUGUUCGCGCAAGCAAGAAAAGCAGCCAUAACUUUUUUCUUUUUUGUUUUGAGUUGUGCGCGCACAUAAUCACAACAAUAACAAUUAACAACUUGUAUUUUAAUUAGCAUUAAAAAAUAAUGGAUACCAAUGUAAGCUCUGAAUUGGACGAACUGGAUGAGACCACUACAUUGCCAGGACUUACACUUUACGAUUUUAUAGAACCAUCAAUGGCAUCCAAACAACAAAACUUGGACAUCGAUGAUAAUGGUGGUGGCUGUGAUACAAAUAUAGAUAUGAAGCGGGGGUAUCUGGAAAAAAAAGAACCAUCAGCUACAACGAAUGAAUUGCUGAAUACGUCGGGACAAAAAAAGGCGCCAAUUGUUCGAAUAUUGGAAAACAAACGGCUGACCGCGCCCAUGGGAUCAGCUUUGAAAAAUAUAUUAGGAGAAACUGUUCGGGUGGCAACAGCUCCAACGAAAACCUCAUCAACAACUGAGAUUAAGAUCCUAAACAAGUUACAAGCAAAACCCUUGAAUGCUUUUGGCAAUGUACCCGUUAAAAUCGGCAGCACAACUAUCGCUGCACCAACGACGUCACCAAAGAAUAUUGGCGUGAAAAUGACUCCAAUAAAAACUGCUGAUGGUAAGGUCCUCUAUCUGCAAAAGUCAUUGCCUGUGACAGGUGGAACGACUUCAAAGGUACCAUUAGUAAGUGGCACAUCAGAUCGCCUGUUACCAACCGGCUCAAACAUUCGCCACGCCAUACUCUCGAAGGGUGUGACUCUAAGUGGUACGUCUACAAUCAAAAGCAACGCCUCGAGCUUGUCAUCAGCAACAGUCCGCGGAUUGACUGCAGUUGAAAUGGCUAAGCCAGCAGCUCAUGGAUCCACAAAUGCUGUGGCGCCAAGUGCAUCAUCUAGCUUGAUUAAAGGUACAUUUUCCGCAGACGCAGUAUCUACACCAGUGGCUACUAAGAUACAAGUGGUGCGCACCGCCGAUGGUAAGCUGAUCAAACUAAAUCAGGGGUCUCCUUCUGUACUCUUAAACACCAAGCCAGCAAUGCCAACAUCUGUUUCAGGCAACAAUGCUAAUAAAGUAAUGAGCAAGCCGACUACACAAGUUAUAAUAAAGGGACCGUUGAAGCAGUUGCCGGCUGGAUCCUCGCUUCGACCUAUUAUCAAUAAUUCAGGCAGCAGCAACAAAGCAGCUAUCAGCAGCAGCAGUGCUGUAGCAUCGACAACUAUAACAACCUCGGCUGGUUCAUCUAUACCAAGUGGUAAAAUGCUUGUUCAAAGCUCUACAGGAAAACAAAUUGUUGUGGCCAACAAAGAUAUAAUAAAGCUAUGGCCAAUGCCAAGCACCAGCACAACAACAACAACAACAAAUCCAAAUGCCGCUGCCAGUGGUCUGCAUGCAAUUCAACUACCGGGAAAAAGUGGGCUGCAGUAUGUGCGCGUUUUACCUAACAACAGCAACAACAGCAGUGCCAGCAAUGAGACAACAACUAGUCCACAGAAGGUCUCACUGGAACGUCCUCGAACGACCAGCAACAAUUCCAGCGCAACUGUUUCAGUUGGCAACACUACAAAAAUUGUUAUGAAAACAACGGGUGGAAGCAUAGUGCCACUACCAUCAAUGCAAACUCUGGUGCCUAGGCGAACUCCUGGCGCUACACCUAAUACGGCAUAUGCAAAGCCCCUCGGCAAUAGCAGCAGCUUGGAUGGAGCACAUAAGCACCGGUUAUCCGAUAUAAAUGUGCAAAUAAAACAGCUGUCCAGCGACAGCGCCAGCGAUGCUGGAGCCCCAGAAGCAAAAAAAGCACGUUACGUUAUAUCAAUGCCGCAUACCUCUAUGACAUCAACCACAGGCCCAGCACCGGCAACAGCUCCAGCAGCGCAAAAAAAUAUGCAAAAAAUAAUGGGAGCACGAACAACGCAACUGCAACGCGUCACGGUGCAGGGCGCCAAUAUGACCGGCAGCAAUAACCCCCCCACCCGAAAGGUUUACAACUUGGUGACAAAGAGUGAUGCGAACGGCGUUAAGUAUAUGAUAUGCAACAAGGGAGGCGAAGGAAAGCCACGAACAGUUUUUAAUACGACGAUGCGACGCGGCUACACUCUAGCCGAUAGUAAGCUGCGUCGCCCACUGGCUACUCAACAGGCGCGCCUUAAACAAAUGAAACAGCAUCAGCACAGGCUGAUGCUACCAGCACAGCUUAAGCAGCGGCAACAACUACAGCAGCUACAGAAACAUCAGUCCACCAUAACCAAGUCACAACAACAACAAACACUAAAGUCGACGGCAAGGCAGGAAAGUAAAAUAGCAAUUCCGAGCAAGCCACUAUUUGAUAUACUGAAGCCGCCGCCACUUCAAGCACCUGCGUCUGGAGCAGCUGCAGCACUCGACGCCUUAGGUGGUUCUCGACGGAAGCACUGUAACUGUAGCAAAUCUCAAUGUCUCAAGCUAUACUGUGACUGUUUUGCUAAUGGAGAGUUCUGUCAAGAUUGCACCUGCAAGGAUUGCUUCAACAAUCUGGACUAUGAGGUGAAGCGAGAGGAAGCUAUUCGCAAUUGCUUGGAACGUAAUCCUAGCGCAUUUAAACCAAAAAUUACGGCUCCGAAUUCCGGUGACAUUCGCCUUCACAACAAGGGCUGUAAUUGCAAACGAUCUGGAUGCCUAAAAAAUUACUGCGAAUGCUAUGAAGCCAAAAUACCCUGCUCCACUAUGUGUAAAUGCGUGGGAUGUCGUAAUAUGGAGGAUCGUCCUGAUGUGGACAUGGACUCUAUGGAUAGCCUGGUUGAUGCCAAAUUGCAGACAAAUAAAGUAAAAGACCUCAACGGAACAUAUCUGCAGGACAAUCGCUCGAAUGUUUAUCUUACGGACGAUGUGAUAGAGGCGACUAUAAUGUGCAUGAUUUCGCGUAUUGUUCUGCAUGAAAAGCAAAAUUUGCCUAUAGAAGAUACGGAGCGUGAGGUGAUGGAAGAGUUGGGAGAAAGCUUAAAUCAAAUAAUAACUUUCGCCAAGGAGAAGAACGACACAUUUCACACGGACGACCCCAAAUCGACAGCGGCCUAAAAACCGAGAUGAAUUCUAUUUAUAUUCUUAGAACUUAACACUUUCGCUCUUCUGUGGGUAACAUUAAUGGACAUACUAUAUUAUUUUAUAAGUUCAAAGAAAAGCAAAUGCC